AUGAAUCAAGUACAAAUAAACCCUACUAAAUUAUCUAUAUUGUCGAUAAACAGAUCGAAAUAUUGGAUUUUUAAGAGUGCCAUAUUAGAAUUCUUACAUUCUGAAGCUAACAGAAAUUCAAAAGAAGAAGAGAUCUAUAGUAGUGAAGAUGAGAUCGAUUCCCUUAAUGAUAAAUUUUCUUAUUUAAAUAGACUGAAAAGAAAUAGUCUUUAUGAACUGUCAUCAUCAUCGUCAUAUUCUCCAAGAGGAAGGAAGAAGCAUGGGUCGGUGUCAUCUACUUCAAGUUUCAACGAGAAGGAAAUUGAUAAUUCUAGUAAAGAUGACUCAAAAGAUGACUCAAAAGAUAAAGAAGAUAGUUUUGAUGAAUAUGAAGAAGAUGAUGAUAAUAAUUAUUUCUUUCAUAUUGCUUUCACACCUAUAGAAUGUACCAUUAUCUGCUCCACUAAGAUUAUGAACCAAUUGUUUUCCAAACCUUUGAAACUUUGUGAAUCAUUAGGAUAUGAUGAUAUAAAGUUAGUGGAGGAAAAAUUUGUUAAUUUACAAAUUGACAGCGGUGGUAAUGAUAAUAAUCGAAUUAUACAAUUAACAAAACCGUUAUCAGAGAAUAACAUUUCAUUAUUUUUCUUAUCUUCACACUUUAGUGAUAUUGUAUUGAUUCCUCAUCAUUUAGAGGAGAAGGUUAUCAAUAUUUUAACUCAAAAUCAUUUCGAGUUCAAUGACAUUUCGGGUUCUUAUAUAAUCAAUAACUUCAACAAAGAAGAAACCACUCAAUCAGGUAUUGAUUUGGUGGAGAAGACAUUCAAGUUAUUCAAAGAUUCCAAUAUCAGACCAAUUAUUAAUAAGGAUAUCUCGUUACUAUUAACAGGUUCAAGAUCCAAUGACGUAACGACAACUAUUCUUAAAACUGCUACCAAUAUUUCCAAAGAUAAUAUCCCUAAUUAUUUUGCCAUAACGAGAACAUCAUACAAUGAAAUUUCAUUGAUAUUACCUAAAUCUUCUAAAACAAGAUCCAAAUUAGGUUUCCAAUCCAAAUUUUUAAUUGGUUCAACUCAAGAUAUUAUCAAUCCUAUAACCAUAGACUUACAAAAAUUACCUUUGGAUUCAACAGGUAUCGUUGCUGGUAUGGCAAGUAUGAUCAUUAACGGUGUAAAUUCAUUCCCCAUUGAUUACCCUUUCGAAUUGAAUUAUUUAUCCAUGGCUAGAUCAGCUAUCUUAAUGAUUCCUAAAGAGAACAUAGAUUUAGUCGAUGAGAUCUUGAACAUCGAUUAUAAUCAAUUUCUGACUUAA